UAUGCGCACAAGUCGAGCAGUUCAGUCACAGUUACCAACUCCAACGGUUGAGAUCAGUUGAACGUGCAAUUUGCAGCUUAACUAAUUCAACGACUGUUCAAGUGGUGUUGUUUAUAAAUUGUACAACAACACGAGCAAACAAGCAGACGAUUAAUUGUUCUAUUUGUGGAAUUUUAUUUUUUUAUAAAAGAAUUAUAUUUUUGGUGUUGCGUAUAAAAGAAGCAAAUUACACAGAAAAAAAUUGGAAUUUGGUGAAUUGAGCCUAGGAAUUAUUAAACGAAAUGCUACCGCCACGGUUAAUGCGAGUGGCAUUUGUGGCAUGCCUCAUUUUAGCGUUACUCUCACCGACAGCCGACAGUGCGCAAACUAAAACACGUCGCCGCCUACGUCGUCCCACAUCGACAUCCGUCUCAGCCGCAGCUUCUGAUUCGCGUAGUAAUGUUGUGGUCACAAAACGUGCAACACAAUCACCCGUAGAUGAGAUCGAAAAGCGUGUUGAUCAACAAUCCUCUUCGUCAUUGUCGUCUUCAGCCACAACCACGAUCUCACGCGCACGCGGUCGAUCGAAAUCGAAGGUACGUGGUGCAAUUGGUGCUGGCGCAGCUGGCACUGCUUUGGUAGCGAGCAGUUCCAACUUGAAGAGUAAAAAGACCAAAGCCGAUGAUGGUGGCAUGAAGAUCGUUUGUUAUUACACAAAUUGGUCACAAUAUCGUGUAAAGAUCGGCAAGUUUUUGCCCGAAGAUAUCCCCGCCGAUUUGUGUACACACAUAAUUUUCGCAUUCAGCUCGCUGAAGAAGGGUAAAUUGACAUCGUAUGAAUCGAAUGAUGAGACAAAGGAUGGUGUGCCCGGUCUGUAUGAACGUAUUAUGACAUUGAAGAAGGCGAAUCCAAAGUUGAAGAUACUGUUGGCUUUGGGCGGUUGGUCUUUUGGCACACAAAAAUUUAAGGAAAUGUCCGCCACACGCUACACACGUCAGACGUUCAUCUACUCAGCUAUACCUUACUUGCGCAAACGCGGUUUCGAUGGUUUGGACAUGGAUUGGGAGUACCCGAAGGGCUCAGAUGACAAGAAAAACUUUGUGCUCUUACUCAAAGAAUUGCGUGAGGCCUUUGAAGCCGAAGCGCAAGAGUUGAAGAAACAACGUUUAUUGCUGUCGGCUGCUGUGCCAGUCGGACCAGAUAAUGUGCGUGGAGGCUAUGACGUGCCAGCUGUUGCGAGCUACUUGGACUUUAUAAAUUUGAUGGCGUACGAUUUCCACGGCAAAUGGGAGCGCGAAACAGGACACAAUGCUCCACUCUAUGCACCCUCAACUGAUUCGGAAUGGCGUAAACAAUUGUCUGUGGACAAUGCAGCUAAUAUGUGGGUCAAGAUGGGCGCACCGAAGGAGAAACUUGUGAUUGGUAUGCCCACAUAUGGACGCUCCUUCACUUUGGCAAAUACCGAUAAACAUGGCCCUAAUGCGCCAGCGACUGGUGGCGGUCGCGAGGGUAUCUACACUAAAGAGGGUGGUUUCUUGGCCUAUUAUGAAAUUUGUGAGAUGUUGUUGAACGGCGCCGUCUAUGUAUGGGACGAAGAGAUGAAAGUGCCUUACAUGGUGGAUGGUGAUCAGUGGGUCGGAUUCGAUGACGAACGCGCCAUUCGUAACAAGAUGCAUUGGAUCAAAUCGAAUGGUUUCGGCGGCGCUAUGGUUUGGACUAUUGAUAUGGACGACUUCAAAGGUGAGGUGUGCGGCGGAAAUGUCAAAUAUCCAUUGAUUGGCGCUAUGCGUGAAGAAUUGUUGGGCAUCUCCCGUGGUAAGGAGGCCAAGGAUGUAAACUGGACAGCGGUAGCAGCGACAUUCGAAGACUUGGAAGAAGAAGAGAAACCCGCGCCGAUUAAGAUUGAUGUAGAGGAGCUGCUCAGUAAAGUGCGCAAGCCAGUGAAGAAGCAACGCAUCAAGUCCGGCUUAGUGGCUAAGGAGCAAAAUAGUAAGUUUUUGUUGAAAAAUAAGUUUGGACUAUCAUUCAUAACCCACUUCUAUCUCUGCACAGCACGUCCGGCGCAAGUAUUCUGUUAUCUGACCAGCUGGUCCGCCAAACGUCCUGGCGCUGGCAAGUUCCUGCCCUCAAACAUUGAUCCCAAACUCUGUACGCAUGUUGUCUACGCUUUUGCUACACUGAAAGACCACAAACUUAGCGAAGCCACCGACGAUGAUCCCGAAAACUAUGAACAAGUUAUUGCUUUACGUGAGGAGAACCCCGACUUGCAAAUACUCUUGGCCAUCGGCGGUUGGGCUUUCGGUUCGAAACCAUUCAAAGAGCUCACCUCAAACGUCUUCCGUAUGAAUCAGUUCGUUUAUGAAGCAAUCGAUUUUCUACGCGACUACAAAUUCAAUGGACUCGAUGUUGACUGGGAAUAUCCUCGUGGAGCUGAAGAUCGUGCCGCCUAUGUGAACCUACUGCGUGAAUUGCGUGUCGCAUUCGAAGGUGAAGCCAAAUCGUCAGGACAACCACGUUUACUCUUAACCGCUGCUGUACCAGCCUCAUUCGAGGCCAUCGCCGCUGGUUAUGAUGUGCCUGAGAUUUCGAAAUACCUCGAUUUCAUUAAUGUUAUGACUUACGACUUCCACGGGCAGUGGGAACGUACCGUGGGACACAAUUCACCGCUCUUCCCCUUGGAGGCGACAACGGGUUAUCAAAAGAAAUUGACUGUAGACUUCAGCGCACGUGAGUGGGUAAAACAGGGCGCGCCGAAGGAGAAGCUACUCAUUGGUAUGCCAACGUAUGGCCGCUCAUUUGAAUUGGUCAACGAGACACAGUUCGAUAUUGGCGCACCAGCGUCUGGUGGCGGUAAGGCGGGCAAAUUCACGAAUGAGGCAGGUUUCUUGAGCUACUAUGAAGUGUGCACGUUCUUGGCGGCGGAAAAUACAACGUUGGUGUGGGACUCCGAACAGCAGGUGCCUUUCGCUUAUCGCGGCAAUCAAUGGGUUGGCUUCGAUGAUGAGCGUUCGCUGAAGACGAAGAUGGAAUGGUUGAAAGAGCAAGGUUUUGGUGGCAUAAUGGUUUGGUCCAUUGAUAUGGAUGAUUUCUCUGGACGUUGCGGCGCGGGCAAGUAUCCGCUUUUGAACUCCUUGAACGACGAGCUGAAAGAUUACAAAGUUGAAUUGGAAUAUGAGGGCCCUUAUGAGUCGCACGGACCACGCGGUGCUUACACAACGAAAGAUCCUCAUGAUGUGACUUGCGAAGAGGAAGAUGGCCAUAUUAGCUAUCACAAAGAUUGGAAUGACUGUACACACUACUACAUGUGUGAGGGUGAACGCAAACAUCACAUGCCAUGUCCUGCCAAUUUGGUUUUCAAUCCACAAGAGAACGUAUGCGAUUGGCCCGAGAAUGUGGAGGGUUGCCAUGAGCCAACAGAAGCGCCCGCUUAAGUACGAAUUUCAGUACGUGUUGCCGUCUCUACGCAUACAAACAAGUACGAGUAUAUUAUGUACUAACUUAGAACAAAAUGUAAAAAAAAAUUUCGAAAAUAAUAACAACAACAAAAAUCGAAUAAGACAUACAUAUAUACUUAUGAACUUCUGAAGAACUUUGUCAUUAGGUUUUUGAUUUUUUUGUUCUUGCUCAUACCUAUACAUACCUUCUUUUUUGCUAUUUACUGUGUAGUUGUUAAUUAUGAAAAAAAGAAAAAGAUUUUGCGAAUGCUUAAGUGAAACUGCCAAUCUAUGAAAGUAAAAGAAUAUUUUAUAUACACAUACAACACACUCACUUUUGAAUAAUAUUAAAGAAUAUGACAAACGAAAAAAAAUACUCAAAAAUUAUGUAUACAUACCUACAAAUGCACAUCGAGGCAAAUUGCAAACAAAUCGAAAUUGUUAACGAAUUUGCAUAGUUGUUUUUUUUUACUAUAAAUAUGUUAUAAUUUAAAAGAAAUUUGCUUCACAUGAACGUGUUAAAUGUUAAGUACCCCUCGCCCUGCUUUUUAGUACGUAGUGCAUAUGAAAUAAUUAUUUUUAAAAUGAAACUUUAACUGCCCAUAUAUACUGCCGUUUCGAAAAAAUUUUCUCUACUUUUCACCCGCUUGCCUUUACACAAUUUCUCUCUAACAUUCUAAAAUUUACGCUCUCCUACUUUAAACAUUUUAAGUUAUUUCUGUUUUUUUUUGUGUUUUUUAUUCUAAUUUUCCUUCUUCAAGAAAGCAUCCUGUUUUUAUAUACAAAACUGUGAUAAACAUUAAAACGAUAUACUAAAUUUCAGCGCUUUAUUUUUUACUGUGCUAAUUCGUUAAUAUGUCCCUACUCUUCAUUUUAUGCUUACUUUAUUUUCCAUCUUCUCACUCUCUCGCCGUUCUAUCGCCCUUUCUUUUUCUUAUCAAUUCCCUAGCUUGCUAUCUUGCUUGCACGUUCGAAGCAUUAUUAAGGUUUUCGAAAUUGGUGAAAUUUUCGAAAUUUGUAAUGUAAUUUAUGUAAACAAAAAUGUAAUAAUAACUUUGUAUUAUAGUGUUAUGUUUAGUAAAUAUGAUAAAUAAAAUAAAAAAAAAUAAAUAAAAAUAAAAAUU